ACUACUGUCAGCACCACGAGUAUCAACAUGGCAACUAGGUGGGGAAUCUGUACCGUCGGAAAGAUCAGCAAUGACUUCACCGUGGCCCUCAAGACACUUCCUCCUGAAGAGCAUCAGGUAGUAGCAGUGGCCGCUCGUGACCUGCAGCGUGCACAGAACUUUGCAAAAAAGCAUGGCAUUCCCAGAGCCUACGGGAGCUAUGAGGAGCUGGCUAAUGAUCCUGACAUUGAUGUGGUGUACGUGGGAACCAUUCACCCUCGGCACCUGCCCGUGUCCGUGAUGUUCAUGAAUGCCAAGAAGAAUGUUUUGUGCGAGAAGCCAUUCGCCAUGAACUCCAGGGAGGUGCAGAAGCUCAUCGCCUCUGCUCGCGAGAACAGCGUCUUCCUGAUGGAGGCCGUGUGGUCCCGCUUCUUCCCCGCGUCGCGGGAGAUCAGCCGCCUCCUGGCCCAGAAGGAGGUGGGCGAGGCCAAGUUGGUGAGGGUGGAGUUCGGCAUCCCGCUGCUGGACGUGACCCGCGCCGUGGAGAAGGAGCUGGGAGGGGGCGCCCUGCUGGACAUCGGCGUCUACUGCCUGCAGUUCGCUCUGAUGGUGUUCGACGGGGAGAAGCCGCAGAGCAUUCAGGCCUCGGGGUUCUGCCUGCACACAGGCGUGGACGAAGCCAUGGUCAUCACUCUGACGUUUUCAAGGGGCAGGAUGGCGGUGUGCAUCUGCUCCAUCUCCGUGCAGCUCCCCAACGAGGCCGUCAUCGUCUGCACCAAGGGGAGCAUCAAGAUUCCCUCUCCCAUGUGGUGCCCCACCCACCUGGUGGUGAAUGGGAAGGAGACAGAGUACCCGGUGCCUGAACCAUCCCUGCCACUCAACUUCACCAACAGCACCGGAAUGCGGUACGAGGCCGAGGAGGUGCGGCAGUGCCUGCUCAAAGGACUCAAAGAGAGCUCUCGGAUGUCGCUGGCGGACUCCCUUCUGCUGACGGAGGUUAUGGAUGAGGCCAGGCGGCAGGUGGGGGUGGUGUACAGCCAGGACUGCCAGUGAUGUGGCCUCCAGUCACCCACUCUUCCCCCUACUCUACCACUCACAUUCAGUGCUCAAUAAAGCAAGCACAUUUUGGACAAGUGCCCCCUGUCUGAUAGAUUAGGCGCUCAGUGCAUCAGUGAACCUAUCCGUAUUAGACUCAGCAAUUAGACCAGCAAUACAGGUACACAUAGAAAACAGUUCUAUGACAUAAUAAUGUGAAGCAAAUGAA